CUGCUCGCCGUUUCCUUGAUCGCCAACCUCUGCUCCGCCUCCAUGUUUUUUCAUAUGUACUGACUGAAAGAAUUCAUCUCUAGCUUUUGUCUAGGACCUCUGCAGCGCACGCGAUGGUCAAUAUGACAAGCUCACAUACAAUGCAAUACAUCGGACUUUUAUUGUUGGCAGCAAUUCUUCUGCAAACCAUCGCAGUCGCAGUGACUUUCAUAUACUUCAGCAAUGUCCUAACGACGAUGAAAGAGACGUUCUCCAAGAGCAGUGUAUCAUGUUUGAUGCGCGCCAACCUCAGAACUAUCAAGGGUAUCGAUCCGAGCGCCUCAGACGUUAAAGACGACCCCUGCUGGCAAGUCACGCAACAGCUGCACUUCUUAAUCGAGAAGUCAAUGUCGAACCGUUACCAGAAGGAAAUCACCUCUGCCAUUAAAGAUGAAGUGACUCGCAUGCUGCCGUCUCUGGUAAUCCAAGACCAGGAGACGGCUCCCCGACCCAAGAUUGCAGCUCAUGUCACUGGCAGUUUGCCUCCAGAGACAGACAAAGAUUUAAGAGGUCCUCCUAACAGGAAGGUCCAGGGCCAGAAGAUCCAGUCCUGGGAGUCUGAGAAAGGCCUGGCCUUCCUCCAGAACGUGCAGCUCAGUGACGGAGAGCUGGUAAUGCCGCAGGCUGGUCUCUAUUAUAUCUACUCGCAGACCUACUUCAGGCACAUGGUGUCCCCUGAGGAGGAGGAGGAGGACGGCGACGAAGAGGAGGCGGCACGGGAGAAUGCCGGGAGCUCUGUCCGGGGAAAGCCCAUGCUUCAGUACGUCUAUAAGAAAAUGGGCUCCUAUCCCGUGCCCAUCCUGCUCAUGAAGAACGCCCGCACCACAUGCUGGUCCCGAGACACAGAGUUCGGCCUGUACUCCAUCUACCAGGCCGGGCUGUUUCAGCUUGGCGCCGGGGACAGGGUGUUUGUCACCGUCAGCAACGUGAGCACGAUCGACAUGGAUGAAAAGUCGAGCUUCUUCGGCGCCUUCUUGGUCAGCUAGACCACACGAGGCACAGAAAGUGGCGGUGCAAUGUUUCAGACUUUGCUUUGAGCUUCUCUGCUGCGAUGACCCGCUCGGCUGGCUGGCAGGCAGGCACAGGUUGCCGUUCGUUUGUCUAGCCCCCUAGGACACACCGGUGCUGCGGUGCGACUCUUGAGUGGCUGCAGGCUUAUGAAUCAGAUGUAAAUGUGUGCUGAACAACAUUCCCAGAUGAAGCGCUGCAAAUAGAGUGAUGAUUGUAAGCACUUGUUACACUCCCUACACCAGUGACUCCUCUGCUGGUUUGGAAGACUAUAUUUGGAAGCUGAAAUAGCGAGGGGAGAUAAACUUCGGGUGCAACUCACCCCCUUUUCCUGAGACACUGUGGACUUGUCUGGGCUUGCCGGGUAGUUGUGCAAGCAGAGGGGCCACAGAGGGGCCAAGGUGGUUGUCUCUCCCCACCGGAGAUGACAGGGGUGGGGCAGACCAGAGAUCCAAGGUUCUGCCCUCUGUUGUUCGGGAGAAGCACGGGUCACAUGAUGUGAUGCCAGAACAGGAAAGUCGGACACCAGCUCAUUUUCCAGUGAGUGUUUCCUCUCCUGUCUGCCUUUUGUCCCAGAGCAGAGAAUCUAUGUAGCAAUGAUUAAAGACUUUUUGUAUGUAUGCAAAAUGCAGUGCUAAUACAAAAAAGUAUUAGGUAGCUGUAUUUCUUUUAGGGUUGAGGAAUAAAAUGUGAAUUUGUACCUAUUUCUCUGCUCACAAUGUGUAAACCAGUAUGUAUUUUUCUUAAAUCAUGGACUCUGAUAUGUCUUGUUUGUAUUUGAUUUUGAUUCUGAGGAAUUCCUAUUUUGAUACAAGAUAUUAUGAGGGAAAUUUUAGUUCACCAUUAAUGCUUCAACCUACCUGGCUCUAUCUCAGUAGAGGAAAUCUAAUAAGCCUGAAUGUUGUUAAGGGUGCGAAUACUGUGAGAUCCUCUUCCAUGUUAAUUAUGAGGAAUACAAAUCUUUUUUCUAUGAAAACCCUUCUGCCAUGGUUCCAAUUGAUGGAAGUUAGAUAUAGAUGGUUAGAUAUAUUUGUUACCUUUUAUAUCACAGUCCAACAAUAACUGUAGUUUGUUAUCAGUAAGGAAUAGCUUGGGGGCAUGAAUGCUGGUAUUGUCCUUUCACAAAUGUAAAUAUACACACAUAACAGCUAAGAUAAUUCAUCAAGAUAAUAUGUUUUUUUUUUUUUUUUAUGUUGUCACACCACAUUAAAUAAAGUUUGGACUGAAGCUA